AUGGAUCUAUGGCUCCGCCAGUAUUGGGUGGUCAUAUUAGUGUCUCAGAUAGCAAAGGCCGCGAAUAGUCGACUGUGCAUGUGUCUCGCAUGGUCGAUUAAUCCAGUGAAGCUGAACGACGCUGCGCUGUGCAGAUAUACUCGGCAAUGCACGCGGUCGUGCGCCAUAUGCAGGGAAAGGAGCCCCGAUUCGGGAUCUCUGGUCUAUUACUUGGGUAAAAGCUUGGCCGUGGUGAGGGCGCUUCUCGUGGGUCCAGAUGGUUUCCUCAAACACGACGUCCGUCAGAGGUUGAGGCGCGACAAGGCUGAUGCGCAGGGAGGAGUUGCGGGUUUGCCGGGAUUGAACGAAGAGACGUCCCAGGGAGAUGCCCAGGCGGCAACGGAGGACGAUGUACUUACGGGUACAGAUGCCGUGGACCAGAGCGACUUGAAGCGAGUAUCCGAGGUAUGCCAGACCCUAAGCUCUGGGCUGGCAGUGGCCCCGUCAGUGUCGGAUGCGUGCGAGAGUCUGAACAUCGAUCCAGCCGCGCUGGAACUGAAGAUGGGUGAGGAUAUGACCCUUUGGCUCAAGGCGUACCAGGUCACCGGUAUCGCGUGGAUGAAGGAGCAGGAGAGGGUCCCGAUUAAAGGGGAGAACCUCGCGGACGACUGCGGCCUUGGAAAAACUAUUCAGGCACUCGCGAUGAUAAUGCGAGUCGUGGACCUUCCAUUCGGCGGUUCUGAUUCAGAGGAUACUGCGUUCUUUACUAGUACGCAAAACGUCUUGGCCGGUAUUACGAGGAGUACCGGAGUUACAAGGAUCAGGCUUCUCGGAGACCAUGGGGAUGGGUGA